AUCUGCCCCAAGUAGAAGAUUUUAAGUACCUCGGGGUCUUGUUCACGAGUGAGGGAAGGAUGGAACUCGAGAUCGCACAGGAGCGGCCUGCUGAUUAGGUUUCAUUCUCUGCGAGGCCGACACAAGGCUCGGCGCAAGGAUACCAGGACGCCAGUACUCAAAUCUACCUGGACGUGUCCAAGAACAAAAAACUCUCUACCGCCGGGAUCUUGUGGGAGCUUCCUGUGGCCUAUACCUAGUUUCUGAGCCAUGCCGCUGACAGCUGCUGCUCCCUCUAACAAGAGGAAGAAGGCCAAUAAGAUCAUCACAGACUUGUCCAACAUCAGCCAGAAUGAUGACGAGUCCGACCCCGAAGCCUCUGAGCUGGACCUCGGCACCAAGAUCAAGACCCCGAAAGACGUGAUGCUGGAGGAGCUGUCCCUUCUCUCCAACAAGGGCUCCAAGAUGUUCAAGAUGAGACAGCAACGGGUCGACAAGUUCAUCGUGACCAACGAGAACAUGCAGAACCUGGAGAACCUGCUCAUGUCCCCUCCGCCUGUCCCACCAAAGCCUGAGAUGCCAAAGGAGGAAGUAGUGGAGGAGGUGGUGGACGAGGAGACCGAGAAGCAAAAGAGGAGGAGGGAGUACGUCCGCACCUACGUGUCACCAUGGGAACGGGCCAUGAAGGGCAAUGAAGAACUGACGGCCACCAUGAAAGCCCGCAUGCCGGGACCGGUGCGGGGUUUUGCGGACCUUCCCCAGUACAAGAGCUUCAAUAGGACGGCGCUUCCCUUUGGAGGCGUAGAGAAGAGCGUGAAGCUGAUGACCUUUGAACUCCCCGACCUCAGCAUGGUGGCCGACGAACCCGAUCCCCUGCCCUCCCUACAGGCCGACAUCCGCUCGCGGCCCUCCUUCAACCGCACGCCCAUCGGCUGGGUGUGCAGCGAGGACAACACGCACAUCCACAUGGAACUAGACAUCCCCUUUGAUGGGGAGACCGACGACCUCUGAGCGCACACGCACACACACACACACGUAUACUAGGUAGUACAUGUAGCGCACAUGCUUGUAUACUUGGUGGUACACUUAAGUCCAUGCUGCCAACCCUCCUAAUAUUUAUACUGAAUACAAACAGAGAAGCAUUAGCUGCAGGCACAAUAUACUAUAAACACUGCUAGUGUUUGGAUAUUGCUUAAAUUGCAUGGAGAUAAAAAAUGAGUUGUUAAAGUAUUUCCCCUCAGCCACCUUUAC